AUGGAUUCAAUUGAUGACCUCACUUGUAAAUUAGGCUCUCCAAUUUCAGAUUAAUAAACAAAUGAUACAUUAUCACCAAUUCAACUGAGAACAAUUGAUAUAUUGUCUGAUUUAAAAAAAUCAAUUGACAACAACAAUAAACUACAUUUUGCUUUUAAAGAUUAAGUUUACUACUUCUAUCAAAUGAUGAGGAAUAUGACAAUAAAGGAAAAUUAUAGUUAUUAGAUAGCUUCCAUAAUCUUUUUGAGUGAGUACUAAGAUAGCUCUUCAUAAAAAGUAGAGAAUGUCAAAUAAAUACUGUAAGAGUGUACUAAUUUAAAUCUAAAAACCUACUUUAUAAUAUUAAAUAAUAAUAAUCGUAAACCAAUUCUAAAGGAACUAAGAUAACUAGUUGUGCAAUUUCCAUGUAGUUUGAGAGUUAUAGAUACUGAGAUUUAAAAUGUAGAUCAGGAAUUAGAGAGGAUUACUCAGCAAUUAAGAAUAGGAUCAUUUGAUACUAGACUGUUCGUUCACAUCUCAACAAACAAAGCGAUGAAAACCUACCUUGAUGUGUUAAUAGACUCUCUGUAAAAAUUUGAGGAAGGAUUGACUUAAAAUGAUAGAGUAUAUUGGUCUUCAUGCAAAACAAUUCAAAAGUUUACUGCAGUAGAAAUUUAUGAAGAUGAUGAAUAAGAUAUGAGGAAGACAGGGAAGGAAAACAAAAGAAAAGUAAUAUUAUAUGGUUUUACCCUGUUGGUAAUUCUCACAAUAAUUUGUUAUUUAUUAUACGUUGUAAUCAUAACGUUUAUUUAAUGA